AUGGAAACAGUGGAGGUGGAGGGUGGCCUGCGCAUCCCUCUUUCAAGAUACACAAUGGCUUCCACCGCACGCCAAUUCGCCCGCGUGGCCCUCCGAACCACCACCCGCCGCACCGCCUUCGUCGCUGCCCCCAGGCAAGCUUUCCGACAGGGUGGCCGCCGCUACAACUCUUCCCAGGCUGGCAAGUCGGGAUCCUCGCCCUUGGUCUGGAUCGCCGGUGCCGCCGUCGCCGGAGGCGCUGGCUACUAUUUCUACACCCAGGGCGCGUCCGGCGCUGCCACCAAGGAGUUCAAGCCCACCCAGAAGGACUACCAGGAGGUCUACAAUGUGAUCGCCAACCGCCUGGAGGAGAACGAUGAGUACGAUGACGGUAGCUACGGCCCCGUCCUCCUCCGUCUCGCCUGGCACGCGAGCGGCACCUACGACAAGGAGACUGGCACUGGCGGCAGCAAUGGCGCGACCAUGAGGUUCUCUCCCGAGUCCGGCCAUGGUGCCAACGCCGGUCUCAAGGCUGCUCGUGAUUUCCUCGAGCCCGUCAAGGAAAUUCCCUGGAUCACCUACUCCGAUCUCUGGAUUCUCGGCGGCGUUUGCGCCGUCCAGGAGAUGCUGGGACCCCAGAUCCCUUACCGACCCGGCCGCGUUGACCGUGACAUGGCUGCCUGCACCCCCGACGGCCGUCUCCCCGACGCCACCCAGGGCUCUAGGCACCUUCGCGACAUCUUUGGCCGAAUGGGGUUCAACGACCAGGAGAUUGUUGCCCUGAGCGGUGCUCACGCCCUUGGCCGCACCCACAAGGACCGCAGCGGUUUCGAUGGCCCCUGGACCUUUUCCCCCACCGUGCUGACCAACGACUUCUACCGCCUUCUUCUCGAGGAGAAGUGGCAGUGGAGGAAGUGGGAGGGCCCGGCUCAGUACGAGGACAAGAAGACCAAGAGCCUCAUGAUGCUUCCCACGGACAUGGUGCUCGUCCAGGACAAGGAGUUCCGGAAGCACACUGAGCGCUACGCCAAGGACAACGAUGCUUUCUUCAAGGACUUCGCUGCCGUCGUUGUCAAGCUUUUCGAACUCGGUGUCCCCUUCCCCGAGAACGCGGAGCGCAUGACCUUUACUUCCCCAACGCCUAAACGAGCUGCGGAAAUGAAACCGAUUCGCAGAGAUGGGCUCUCUGUCGUGAGACGGUGA